AUGAAGGCAACACUUCGUAAAUUUGGUUUGGAGUACUGUGAGCUACCAGAAAUGUUGUCAAAUGUGUCCACCAUGUUGAGAAUGUUGACUCUCAACGUAGACAGCAGGAAUAAGACACCAAUUUCAACUAUAUUUUACGUUCUAAUGGCGAUUAUCAGCACUAAUUACAUCUACGUCUAUGUGAUCUCUGGCAUCUGGUUUGUAUUUUGGCGCUGUUACAAGACUGGUGAUCUGGGCGCGGCCAUGAUUGUCUUCUCCCUCAUGAGCACAAGUGAAGUUGCUUUAAUAAAGCUGUUUUAUAUGAUUUUCUAUGAAGACAAGUUCAAGAAUUUAAUAGACAAAUACCUGGCCUGUGAUUCUCGGACAGUGAAAGGCAGUAGGUUUUCUAAAAACUUGAGAAAAGCUUUAAGGAAUGUGAAGAUGCGAGGGAUCAUUUGCUGGCUGGUGCUAAAUAUGAAUGCAGUGCUAUAUGUGCUGCGACCCAUGGUGACUCCUGGACAACAUUUGACUGUGGAUGCGUUUAUAAUACUUGGUCUGGAGCCAAUGUUUAAGUCUCCUAACUACGAGUUGGCUGUUUUUACGACCAUGAUCAGUGUGUUCUUCAUUUGUUUCACUGUAGCCAACGUCACUUGUUUCCUUAUCAUGAUCACUGGCUACACAGAAUCCCAAAUGUUGGCGUUAGCUGAAGAAAUGAUUCAUAUCUGGGAUGACGCUAAUGAAUAUUAUCAGACAAUGAUAAAAGAAUUGAGUAGCUAUGAAUCGGUAUACCUACGAAAUAAGAAAUUAAAGAGUGUAAAAGAAACAGAAGUCCUAAAUGAAUAUGUGGCGGAACAUUUAAAAGAUAUCAUACAAAAACAUUCAUUCAACGUGACCCUUCUAGAAGAAAUCGAAGACGUGAUGAGGGGACCGAAUGCUAUAGGUUUCUUGUUUCUAAUUGUUGGCCUGAUAGCGGAAUUACUUGGCGGGUUAAACAACACGAUAUUACAAGUACCAUUCACAUUGUCUCAGUUGGGAACAGACUGUUUUCUAGGACAGAAGAUAAUGGAUGCUAAUAUAAAAUUUGAAGAGGCCGUUUACGCUUGCAAAUGGGAGAAUUUCAAUAAAGUGAACAAGAAGAUUGUGUUGGUGAUGUUACAGAAUUCACAGAAGACUAUGACUCUGACUGCUGAAAUUAUACAUGAGAUUCGAAAGUUUGGGUUGGAGUACUGUGACUUGCCGACGAUGCUGGAAAACGUCUCGAUACUAUUGAGGGUUCUGACUGUGAAUAUUGACAGUAAAUAUAAAAAGGGCAUUACGAUCUUGUCUUACAUCGUGACAGCAGUCACCGCCGCCUGCUUCUACUAUGUUUUUCUCUUCUCCAUGACUUGGUUUGUCUUCUGGCGGUCCAGGAUCACCGGAGAACUGGUCGGAGCCAUGGUCGUCCUAUCGCUUGGCAUCUCUAGCGAAAUUGGACCCUUCAAACUGUUUUACAUGUGUUAUUAUAUGGACAAAACUCAGAAAAUAGCCGAUAGCUUUCUAGAAUGCGACGCCAACACCAUCAAAGGCACCAGGUUCCACACGAACCUCAUGAAGCGUCUGAGGAGUGUGAAGAAACGCGCCAUGCUGUACUGGGUAGUGGUGGCUGGUAACGGAGUGCUAUACGUGAUGAAGCCGGUUGCUAUGCGUGGAAGGAAUUUGCCGGAGAACUAUUUCCUAAUUUAUGGUUUAGAACCCAUGUUCGAGACUCCAAACUACCAGAUUGCGUACUUCAUGAUGAUUGCAUCAGUAUUCUUUGUUUGCUAUGUCCCAGCCAGCGUGACCGCUUUCCUCAUUGUCAUCACUGGUUAUGCUGAAGCUCAGAUGUUGGCUUUGAGCGAGGAAAUGCUGCAGUUAUGGUCAGAUGCUACUAAUCACGCGAAGGCUCAAACAGAAGGCAUGUCAGAAGAAUUGGAUGUAUAUGAUCCAAAAGUGAAGAUGAUAAUCAACCAAUUUGUGGAACGACGGCUGAGGGAGAUCAUUGGUCGCCAUGCCAAUGUAAUUAAUCUGUUGAACCAAGUGGAGAUUGUGUUUAGACAAGCUAUAGCCAUCGGUUUCGUGCUACUAGUUCUUGGGCUACUCUCAGAACUACUUGGAAAGCUAGAGAAUACUUUCCUGCAGCUGCCUUUUGCGUUGAUGCAGGUUUCCAUGGACUGUUUCGCCGGUCAACGAGUGAUGGACGCGAGCGCAAUGUUCGAGGCAUCAGUUUAUGACUGUAAAUGGGAGAACUUUGACAAAUCCAACAUGAAACUGGUGCUGGUGAUGCUGCAGAAUGCCCAGAAGACCAUGACUCUGUCUGCUGGCGGCGUGAGGACCCUCAGUUUCAGUGCUUUGAUGUCCGUCUUUAGGGGCAUUUACUCCGCGUAUACCGCUCUUAGGUCUACUAUGAAAUCUAUUUAUCCGCAGGCUUCAAAGAUGUGGGAUCAAAUACGUAAGUUUGGUUUGGAGUACUGUGACCUGCCGACCAUGAUAUGGAACGUAGCUGUAUUCUUGAAGGUUCUCACUUUGAAUGUGUAUGGAAAAAAGAAAACAGAAAUCCCAUUCAUCUUCUACAUAUUGGUGGUGGUGGCAGCUCUGUGCUAUCUAUAUGUUUACCUGGUCUGCAUGGUGUGGUUCGUGUUCGUGAGGAGUCGAGAGACAGGGGACCUGGUCGCGGCCAUGGUGGUACUCUCCUUGGGGAUCUCCAGCGAAAUCGGUAGCUUGAAACUCCUGUACAUGUUUAUUUGUAUCAAAGACAUUAGAAAUCUUACUGACGAAUUCCUGGAAUUCGACUCUCACAUGGUGCCUGGUAGCAGGAUGUACAGGAACUUGGUAAGGUACAUGCGUGAUGUGAAGAAGAGAGCUAUCUUCUAUUGGGCAGUGCUCAUGGGCAACGGGUGUGUCUACCUUAUCAUACCCCUGUUACGCCCUGGCAGACAUUUAUCUGAAGAUAUGCUUGUUAUCUAUGGCCUAGAACCAAUGUAUGAGACACCAAACUACGAGAUAGCAUGGUUCAUGAUGACCGCCAGUAUUGCCAUCAUAUGCUACAUAUCAUCCAACGUGACUGCCUACUUCAUCGUCAUCAUUGGCUACGCUGAGUCACAGAUGCUGUCUCUGAGCGAUGAAGUUACACAUGUGUGGGAAGAUGCAGAGAAACAUUUUGAGACUUUGAAUCUCGGACUAGAAUUCCAAGAUUUUGACAAUAAGAAGAUGAUAAAGAACGAUCAUGUGUUUAAGAAUCUAAAGUACAUUAUAAAACGCCAUGCGACUAUCAAGACUCUAAUAAACCAAGUUGAGGACGUUUGUAGUGGACCUACUGCCGUUGGAUUAACAUUCCUUCUUCUUGGUCUAAUAUCAGAACUCUUAGGCGGAUUGGAGAACACAUUUUUGCAGCUGCCUUUUGCUUUUAUGCAGGUUGGAACUGAUUGUUUUAUUGGGCAACGGAUCAUGGAUGCUGGGGAAGUAUUUGAACGUGCUGUUUAUGACUGCCAUUGGGAGAACUUCGAUCCUAGGAACAGGAAGAUGGUAUUGCUGAUGCUGCAGAUUUCUCAGAAGACAUCUUCUAUUUCUGCUGGUGGCAUGACCAAGAUGAGCUUCAGAUUGUUUGAUGGGGGCCAUGAGAGUCACUUAUUCAGCUUACACUGCAUUCAGGUCUAUAAUUGGUGUGUGAUGGUAUCCAUGAUAUUUCAUCACUUGGCCAUCGGGUUUGUCCUAUCGUACCCCGCGGUCCUAACUCCGGCCAUUACUGCAAAUAAUACGAAUAAUGAGAAUGAAGUUCAUGCCACUAAGGGAGAAGCUUCUUGGAUCGCUGCAGCCUUCAGCAUGACGGGUGGUGUGGGCUUCCUCCUGCUUCCUCCAUUAAUGCAGAUCUACGGCAGGAGAUUCAUCAACGUCACCAUGAACCUGAUCAUCUUCAUCGGCUGGGUUAUCAUCGCUCUGUCUCCCAACGUGCCUACUAUCAUUGCAGGAAGAACUAUCCAAGGUUUGUCUUUUGGAGGGCUUUACAUCUGCAGCAUCCUCGCUGGUGAAUACAGUCAUCUAAAGCGAAGAGGAUUCUUCAUCAUCUUUAAGAUUUCUGCUACUGGUAUUGGUGAACUAAUCUGUCAUGGACUCGGGUUCUCCUUGUCUUGGAGGCAGAUGGCCUGGCUAGCAUCCAUCCCACCAGCGUUGGCUGCGCUGGGAACUGUAGUCUGGCCAGAAAGUCCUCACUGGUUGGCUUACAAGGGCCGCUAUGAUGAAUGUGCAGCAUCAUUCGAGUGGCUGAGAGGAAAAAGUAUAGAAUCGCAAAAAGAACUAAAAGAAAUGAUAACAGCGCAGCAAGAAUUGAGAAAUGUGAAGAAAAUGAGGAAUACCAGUUUAUUGCUGAGAAAUUUACAAGCAAUGAAGUCUAAAGAGUUUUUGAAACCUUUCACAGUGGUGUUAAUGUUGAUUAUAUUGACUCAAUGGUGUGUGAUGGUAUCCAUGAUAUUUCAUCACUUGGCCAUCGGGUUCGUCCUUUCAUACCCCGCGGUCCUAACUCCGGCCAUUACUGCAAAUAAUACGAAUAAUGAGAAUGAAGUUCAUGCCACUAAGGGAGAAGCUUCUUGGAUUGCUGCAGCCUUCAGUAUGACGGGCGGUGUGGGCUUCCUCCUGCUUCCUCCAUUAAUGCAGAUCUACGGCAGGAGAUUCAUCAACGUCACCAUGAACUUGAUCAUCUUCAUCGGCUGGGUUAUCAUCGCUCUGUCUCCCAACGUGCCAACUAUCAUUGCAGGAAGAACUAUCCAAGGUUUGUCUUUUGGAGGGCUUUACAUCUGCAGCAUCCUCGCUGGUGAAUACAGUCAUCCAAAGCGAAGAGGAUUCUUCAUCAUUUUUAAGAUUUCUGCUACUGGUAUUGGUGAACUAAUCUGUCAUGGACUCGGGUUCUCCUUGUCUUGGAGGCAGAUGGCCUGGCUAGCAUCCACCCCACCAGCGUUGGCUGCGCUGGGAACUGUAGUCUGGCCAGAAAGUCCACACUGGUUGGCUUACAAGGGCCGCUAUGAUGAAUGUGCGGCAUCAUUCGAGUGGCUGAGAGGAAAAAGUAUAGAAUCGCAAAAAGAACUAAAAGAAAUGAUAACAGCGCAGCAAGAAUUGAGAAAUGUAAAGAAAAUGAGGAAUACCAGUUUAUUGAGUAAUCUUGAGGAAGAAUUCUGGGUUUCGACGCCCAGAGCGACCCCUACCAAAAGUGGUUCGCGUGGCGAAGUCCGGCACAAGAGCAAAAUGGGUCGCUCGCUGCCCAACCAGAACCAGACACGAGCUAACAGCGAACCAAUAGCCCACUACUGA